AGAUAUUUUACACUCAGUUUGUUUGUGUGUAAUCCAGCGCGCGCGCCUGUUGCGUUCGUUCUGUCUGACGUAGAGUUCAAACCAGCUGACCUCGCGAGCCGCGACCCGAGCUAAACCCUUCAGAGAAACGGAGAUUUGAGCAGCAGUUUACAGAUGAGUAACGUUACAGACAGACUCCUGCGCUCGCUAGCCUACAGGGAGGACUUUGCUUUUCUCCUGAGUCCUGACUUCUUCCCAUUUUAAAGUAAACCAUUAAGCGUUUUUACUGGAAGGGGGAGCUAAAGGUCUUCAGGUCAACAACAAAAAGAGUUUCAUGAAUGCCAACAUUACAAGACCUGUGAGUGUCUUGAGAUUUCACACAUUCAUUAAGCCCCAGACUCACAGCAUGAGGGACCAAAGUGUCACGCGGGCAGAACAGAGACUGAUGUACCCGAAAGAAGUAACUGAUCCAGUCAGUCGGGAGGGUGCUGUAUCCUUCACAGAAGAAACAGUGUCCAGCAGAGCAGAGACCGUCGGCAUCAUCACACUGCGUCGCAAACGGGAGUCUAUCCCUGCUGUGAAAAAAGACGAAGGUUAUUGGGACAAGCGCAAAAAGAACAACGAAGCUGCCAAGCGUUCGCGUGAGAAACGCCGCAUCAGCGACAUGGUGGUAGAGAACCAAGUUCUGGCUCUUCUUGAGGACAAUGCACGCCUGAAAGCUGAGCUACUGGCACUUAAGUUCAGAUUCGGUUUGAUCAAAGAUCACACAGAUUCACCAGCACAGGUCUGCUCAUAUGGUUCAUAUAACCAAACAUUUCCAGCAAUACCCUGCUACUGCCCCAACACUAACCCACAACCUGCCCAUGGACACCUGUUGUCGACCCCACAGCAAAACUAUGGGUUCUUCAUCCCUGGAGGAUCAGGCAUUGAGAGCCCAGAGCUCUCAGGUGAUGCUGUAGGUGAACAUAUUGGACCCUAUCGAGGUGACGAACAGCCAGGCCGUAUCGCAGAAGUGGAUGCCAAUGCAUUAGUGUCAGGAUGGCAAGAGAACAACAUGAAAGGUCUUCCUCAUAAACUGCGUUUCAAGACGCCAUGUAGACUUGAAGGUGCUGAGGUGGAAAAUCUCUCCUCAGUUGUACAGUCUCAGUCUACAUCUGGGUGUGAGCGGACAGAGGGUUUCUGGACACAGACACACACACACAGUGCCAUCAGCUUGUUCAACAGCACAUCAGAAUAACUCUUCCAUUCACAGAUCUAGAAAGGCAGCGCUAUUAGAUUCCAGCCAAGCGCUUUGAAUGAAGAAGUGGCCGGGCUCCAAAAAGCAGCAGUUGAACUGAGAUGGAUUCUGUGACACCUGACUUCUGACCAAUCCAAAGAAAGAAGCUGCUUUUUCUGAUUGUUACAGACAAAUAUAAGAAGCCAGCUGGAUGUUCGCUGGAACAGCUGGCAAUCGGAGACAUUUUUCAUUCUGGUGUAAUUUUCAUACGCCUGUCUGCACCAGUAAUGUUCAUAACGUGCUGGAUUAAAUGAGAAAUAUUGUGAAAGUAAAACGCUCUCCUGUUUUCU